AUGUGUUUAUUAUUUGAAUUUGCAUUUGUUGAAUAUAUUUUUAGAGAUUUCAGAGAUCUCGACAAACUUCCAGUAUCCGGACUUGGUGUUACCUGUCCUGAUGAAUCGAAGCAAUUUGUUUUACAUUGUAAUAUAUUGAUCAAUGAUGGACCAUAUCAAGGCAUUAUGAUUCAUUUAAUUCUUAAUAUUCCAGAAGAUUAUCCAUUGACAGGUCCGACUGGAAAUAUAGCACCAGGCUUAGAAUUCAAUUCUAGAUAUCAUGCUCAUAUUCAUGAAGACCACAGUCCUGGCUAUACUUUAUCAACUGCACUUCUUCAGAUUGUCACAUUUUUUGCAGAUCCUGAUUUUAGAGUUAAUCCAUCUUCAAAGAGCAUUGCUCAUCCCCGCAAUAUGAUCAAAAAAUUCACAUGUACAACGUGCGGGCAUUCUUAUGCUAAUCAAAAUCCGGCUAUAGCCGGUUAUAGUGAAAAAAAAGUCCGAUAA